UUCUGUUAAUUAUUUAGAUGGGCCGUUUUGGAACACUCUCCUUGAGUCUUCAGGAAAGCAGUGACUCUGUCAAGGUUCCCAUUUUGAAAGCGGCUGAACUUGGAGAAAGAUGGCCAGUUCUACUGUGGUUCUACUUGAAGACAUUAGGACUUUAUCAUUCUGGUCGCCUCGUUCGCCCCAAACUGUGCAGCAGAUGUGACCACUCAUCAAAGAAACGGCAUGCAUUUUACUACACUGAAAAUCAGUGCAAAGUGUGCGACAGCCUGAUGUGGGAUCACAGGGGCGUACCGACUGCCUUCACUGAUAGCGACAUCGGGUCAUCAUUCUUCAAUCAUUGUGGAAGUGGUUUUCUGUCGCUGAUUUGGCUUCUUCUCAUCAGUGGUGUCACAUUAGCAAACAUCAUACUGUUAAUAACUCGCUACCAUGAUGCAGACUGUGACAUAGUCCACGUGCUCUCCUGGAUUGGCAUGAAACUCUUGCUGUACAUUGGCCCGUUUACGUGCCUCAUUUCUGUUGUCCACACCACAUGGCCGACAGUGUUCAUGGGAAGUUGGUCAAAUGCCUUGGCAGUGGAAUUUCUUGUUCACAGGAUGCGAUUUGUCAACAUGAAGAACAAGCAGUUUGCUGGUUACGCUCUCUUCCUAGGAAGCCUUGCUAUAAUGUGCACACAAUGCCUCAAGAUAGUGGCACCUUAUUUUGACCCAGUGCUUGUGUCACCCAUCUCUGCUAAUGCCUCUUUGUCUGGACUGACUACUCUUGUUCCUCUUCACUUUUUUGUCGUCAUAGAGGGCUACAUCAAUUUUGGUGGAUUCUGUUACUUAGUGUACCUUUUGCGUUGCAGCUAUGAGUCAGAGAUUCGACUUAUCACAAAGUUUCUGCAUGACAACAUUGGAGACAUUGACUUGUGUAGAGCUCGCCUGGCAGAGGCAUUUGAUGCUUAUCAUAUAUUCCGAGAAUUUGCCUCAGGCUGGAUUGCCUUGAACCUAAUUUUAAGCACAGUUUGCCUUCUUCUUGAGUUGCACAUGUGGAUUGUCAAAACUGCACCACUGGCGUUUUUUCAGUAUGAGCACUCGUUCUUGUUAUUCUUCUUUUUACUGCUGCCAAUCGUCUCCCUGGGUAACGUUGAUGUGGAUUAUCUGUGGAAUCGACUGGUCCGUCAAGUCAGUCGUCAACGCUUCUCAGAACAAGAAAAAUCCUGGGAUAAACUGAUGCAGUUCCUUCAAGAGCAGCGUGCGGGGACCCGUCCGUGGCAAGCAGUACUGGCAUUCUUCUUGUCGGCAAUUGCCAUCUUCUCAGCAAUCCAGUUCAGAUUGUGGUCUAAUAACCAGAGGGUUGUUCACAUCUAUACCACGACAAAUGGUACUUUAUCACUGAUGCAGAAGUUUCAUUACAACUGACCACGUAAUGCAACUGUUAGUUAGUGAGGAAAACGUGGACCUGACAAGCUUGUAAUCAAGGCCAGGAGGUGAUUCUAAAGAUGAAUCGGUGGGACAUUUUAGAACAGGUGACCAUGUGAUUGGUGAUGAUUGAGAAAAUAGCUUUCAGUAGUAAAAACUGAGUUAUUUGACUGUGGUUUUGUGAAACUAACAAUGAAUCACAAUAAGCCUUGCUACAAAUCAUUUGUAGUGAAGUCUCUUGUGGCUUGUUCCAUUGCAGACUUGAAAGAGUCAUAUUUUAAUUUAUCGCUCCAUGUCGUUCUUUCAAGGAAGUCACAGUGAGCCAAUUAAUGUCGUGGGAUUGAUUUCUGACAAACCAAAGCAUAACAUGCAUUUUUUGUAAUUCAAAAAAAUAUGUUAACUGUGCUUUAAUCGGAUGGACAUAUUAAGGAUGUAUCAGUCACAAGCAUUUGAACUUGUUGUCUUUUGUAUAUCCUACAUUUAUUAAAGAAAAAAAAAA